AUGAAGAGGAGGGACUCAUCGCACGGAGAAGCGGCGGUCAUGACCAAUAGAGAUGAUGUUGAGCUGUCACUAGGAUUUGAAUUUGAAGUGUUCUUGAAUUUUAGAGGACCCGACACUCGCCAGAAUUUUACCGAUUGCCUCUAUCACUCCAUGGAUGGAGCUGGGAUUCAUGUUUUCAGAGACAACGAAGAGAUUAGAAAAGGCGAAAUGAUCAAAGGCGAACUAGAGCGUGCGAUUAAGAACUCCACAAUCUUUAUGCCCAUCUUCUCUAAAAAUUACGCGUCUAGUUCGUGGUGUCUUCGCGAGCUUGCAUUCAGGUUGGACUGCUUGAGAAAUAGAGAUGACAAAACAAUGAUCCUACCGAUUUUCUUUGACGUGAAUCCUAACGAUGUUGAACUCAAAACCGGGCUAUAUCACGAUGCUUUGCAAAAACAUGAGCAGAAGUUCGGCAGCAAUCUAGUGCAGCAAUGGAAGGAGGCUUUGAUGGAGGUCGCUCAUAUCAAAGGAUGGGAUCUCAAAGAUACAGGCCACGGUAAACUCAUUAGAUCAAUCGUCGCUGAAGUUUUGAUCAAACUGAAUAAAAGAGAAAAAAUUCUACCCGAUCAUUUAGUCGGAAUUCAAGAUCGUGUUGAAGAUGUCAUGCACCUAUUAGAUGAAGGUUCUCUUGAUGUACGCUAUCUAGUAAUCCAUGGCAUGGGCGGCAUCGGUAAGACGACUCUUGCUAAAGUUGUCUUCAACCAAAUUUCUGGUCGGUUUAAUGGGUGUAGCUUCCUUUUGGGUGUUCAAGAAGCUGCAAGGGAUGGGAAAAUUGUCCAAUUACAAAAGCAACUAUUGUCAGAAAUUCUCAACUCCACACCAGUGGAGAUUUUUGACUCUGAUGCAGGGAUUAACCAGAUUAAAAGAAGAUUUCGCCACAAGAAAGUCCUUAUUGUUCUUGAUGAUCUAGAUGAGCGGGACCAACUCUCUAUGCUUGCAGCAAAGGGUAAUUGGUUUGGAUUAGGGAGCAGAAUCAUUAUUACAACAAGGGACACCAACAAUUUGGCAAUCGAAGAGUAUAAAAUUUAUCAAAUGACAGAAUUGCUUUAUCACCAUGCCCUUCAACUUUUUAGCAAGCACGCUUUUGGAAUGGAUUCCCCUCCACAUGACUAUGAUGAUAUUUCUUGCAAUAUUACUCGCAUGACUGGUGGGCUUCCUUUGGCUCUCGAAGUUAUUGGUUGUUCUCUUUAUCGCAAAAGAAAACCAAUUUGGAAAGAAAUGUUGAAGAAAUUAGAGUCGAUUCCUGAGCAACAUAUCUAUAACAAAUUAAAGAUUAGCAUUGAAUUGCUAAAGGAAGAACAAAGAGAAAUUUUUCUUGAUAUUGCUUGUUACUAUAUUGGUGAAGAAAGAAUCUAUCCAUAUUACAUGUGGAAAGCUUUGGCCUUUUACCCAAAAAUAGAGAUUGAUUUCCUUAUUGGUAUGUCUUUGAUAAAGAUCAAUGAUGAUGAUAGACUAUUGAUGCAUGGCUUGCUUAGAGACCUUGGAAGGAAAAUUGUUCACCAAGAAGACCUCAAUGUUCCUGGGAAGCGUAGUAGACUUUGGCAACCCAAGAUUGCAUUGCAAGUAGUGGAGACUAGAACGGGAACAGAGAACAUCAUAGCUCUCAAACUACGUGGACUUUCCAAGGAGCAUAACUUUACAAGUGAAGAGUUUUCAAGGCUACCUACCUUAAGGUUGUUGGAAUUAGAGGGCGGAAACUUGGUGGGAGACUUUAAGAAUUUUUUCUUGAGUUUAAAAUGGUUCUCUUGGUGUCGUUGCCCUCUAGACUUGCAAGCAAUCAAUUUAUGCUUACGGAACUUAGUUGUGCUCAAGCUUUUGGAUAGCCAAAUUCCCGAGAACUGGAAUGGAUGGGGAUCAUGCUUGGUGAAUCGUGACUUGAAAGUUGUACAUCUCAUUAGAUGUUAUCUCUCGACAAUUCCUGACUUGUCAACAUGCUUGAAGUUGAGGAUACUGGUUUUUGCUGAACAUUGUCCAAGGUCGCCACAAAUCGGUAGCUUUAUUGGUAAGAUAGAGCACCUAAAGCGCUUCGAAAUAAUUGCAGCCAAAAUUCAGGAGUCAAAGUUGUUUGGAAGCCCCCAUUUUGACUUCUGCAUAGUGCCUUUUGCAAUAUGCCAUCAAAAGAAUUUGUCAAGUCUAAAGCUAGAGGGGCUAUGUAUGUGGGAGCUUCAUCCAUCUAUUGGAGAGAUGGCGGGCUUGACGUGUUUGUCUUUAGAGAAUUGUUGUUGGCUUAGAAAGCUUCCUAACUCCAUUGGGAAAUUGAGAUCGCUCCUCAAAUUAAAUCUAUCCAACACAAGAAUCAAAGAGUUGCCUGAUUCUAUCGGAGAUCUCAAAAUGUUGGAGAAAAUGAACUUGGGAAACACUGAAAUAAGGGGGCUACCAAACUCCAUUGGAGGAUUAGAAUCAUUACUUGACUUAAACUUGGCAUGUUCAAAGAUGAUUGCAUUGCCUGUUCCUAUUGGAUAUCUUAAAAGGCUAAAGAGCUUAAAUAUGAGAUUUAGCAAGUUAAGAGAGCUACCCAAUUCUAUUGGAGAUCUCAAAAGCUUGGAGGAAUUGGACCUAGGAUCGACUCAGAUAAGGGAGCUGCCAAACUCCAUUGGAGGACUAGAGUCAUUGCUCCACUUAUCCUUGUACAGAACAAAGAUUACUGUGCUGCCUACUUCUAUUGAAUAUCUUAAAAGAUUGAAUUUAUUAUGUAUGGGAUGUACUCAGAUAAUGGUGCUACCAAAGUCCAUCAGCAGACUAGAAUCGUUGCAUUCAUUAUUUUUGGAGCAGACCAUGAUUACUGAAGUGCUUGCUUCUAUUGGAUGUCUUCAAAUGUUGGAGCACUUAAACAUACGUGUGAUCAAGAUAAGAGAGAUACCGAAGGCCAUUGGGAUGUUGGAGAAUCUUGGAAGGUUGGCAUGUGAUGGUAGUAGAAAUAUGGAUAUGACAUUACCUCCUAAGCUUUGGAAACUUGACAUAUCUUGUGAUGAUCCUCAAUCUCUCACAUUGCCUCCUCAACUUUUGACACUUUAUCUAUCUUGUGAUGAUCCUCGAUCUCUCACAUUGCCUCCUCAACUUUCAAGACUUCAUCUAUCUUGUAAUGAUCUUGGAUCUCUCCGAAGGCUUCCUUUAGGUCUUCAUGAUUCAAGAGAGAUCGUUAUUGAACAGCUAGAGAGUCGCAAUUAUUUGAGUGUGUAUGACUGUAAAUUGCUGGAGAUAUUGGAUCUAUCAAGUUUAGGGAGGCUCAAAGAGCUAUAUAUCGAAAGGUGCCCCCAGCUAGUCGAGAUUCGAGAUUUGGGAGAAAAGGAGUCGCUGAAGGUAUUAGAGAUUGAGACAUGCAGCUCGAUAGAAAGGUUACCUAAACUAUCGAAAUUAUAUGAGCUGGAUUUUUUGUGCGUAGAAGACUGUAGAUCACUGCAGUGUUUGCCUGAUUUACCAAACUCCACCGAAAGUUCACCUGAGCCAUCAUUGCGUUUGAGUCACUGUGAAUCACUGCAAGGUGCUGUACCAAAUGGGUGGGAUCGCGAUAUUCAUGCAUGCCCACUGUUAGGCGAGUAUGGCGACGGGAUUGUCGCUGGUUGCCUUUUCUGUUGA